AUGUGUAAACAAUACCACUACCACACCAAGUGCCACACGACCAACUGCCAAUCUAUCCUCGGCUCGAAGAAGCGCAACCGGUACUGUCGCGAAGCUCUCAAAGCUAGGCGCCUCGGACGCUGCUCAACGGGCGUCCAGAUCGCGGGUGUUUUCCGCAGCGAGGACUCGAAAGCGUGUUGCGACGCCUGCAAGCAGCAAGCCAAGAUAGCCCGCCAGCGCGAACAGGAGAACGAACAGCAGGUCCCGGACCAGAGCAGCAGCGACCAGGAGAACAACUCCGACACCGAGAUCUUGUCUAGUCUCGGCUUCGUCGCAAUGCCCAAGGCUAAGCCCAAACCACCAUCUCAACCUCUCGUCUCAGCCCAGCCCAAACCCCUACCAAAAAGCAAGGCCAACAACAGCAACAAAGACCUAUUCGACACGAACGCACCUCGCGAAGUCCUCGCCCCCCAAACCCCGGAGAAGAAGACGUCAGCCACCAGCUCCAGCACCACCAAGCGCGGCCGAAGGCUCUACAACAAGCCCCAAGACCACGACCGGGAUCACCCUCCCGUCGACGACGCCGAGCGCUAUCCCUACGGCUUCGGCCCAACGCCCACCGAGGGCAAGUACGUCUACGAGUAUAAGCGCGAGGAUGACGAGCCCGGCGAAGACGGUUAUCGUGGUGAAUGA